AGCUACUUUCUCUCUGUGCUCACAGUGGAUAUUGUUCGCCAUGCCAAUGCUGGCGAAACUCAUGGCCGUGGUGGCCGCUGUUGCCGUCGCAGAUGAGGUGGACUCGGCCCUGCGCCGGGACGAUCAGUGCGGCUCGGGCGAGUGCGGCCUCAGCGCGGUGCAGCUCCGCGGGGUGAAGGGCGAGGAGCUGCUGGAGCUGGAGAAGGGCGCGAAGGAGGUGGAAGGUGAGGAGGCCCACGAGGGCUGGCUGAAGGACAUCACCACCAAGGAGAAGAACCACUUCAAGCACAUCUUGGCGCCGCUGCAGAAGCCCAUCGUGACCAACUACCAAUACCUGGUGGUCCUCGACUCGUAUGCGAACUACACCAUGGAGAAGAUCGAGAAUGCCACUGGCAGCGAGGUGGUGUGGAAUCGCAAGUCCCUGCUGCAGCAGGCUGAGGAGGAGAUGGAGCAGGAGGAGAUGGAGGACGCGUCCACCUAUGGCCGCCGCCGCCGCAGCGUCUCCGGCGCAGACUUGCCCCCCCGCGCUCGGUACAUCAACAAGAUCCUCAUCUAUCUCAACAAGGAGAUGGAUGCCGUGUGGAACUUGAACACGAUCGUGGACCGUAAGCGCUGGGGUGUGGGCAACACCAUCACCUCCUCUCCCUAUGGCCCUCAUGGCGAGCAUCCUGAGCGCUGGCGCGCAAACGGCACCUUCCCCCUGCCCCUUGCGGCGCCUGUCAGCCCUGUGCUCAACCUGACCAAUACCCUCACCAUGCGCAUCAAGCCUGAGGAGCACAAGUACGACAACAAGUACGCACAACAGCUGCAGGCUGACUACCAGUCCUUGAUCGACAACAUCAACGAUGCCAGUAAGAAGGGCAACGACCUGCGAUCCAGGCUCUUCAAGAUGGAUGUGUACGCGAACCAGUUCAUCGCUCUCCCCAGCGGGGUAUGGAACAAGAUCGAUGCCCAACGCUAGGCUGAUGAGCUUCCAGGGCCCUGCUAUGAAAGCGUUGAGGUUCCGCGGAGAAAGUAUGCCGCGCCAGGAACCCACCUGCGCCAGAGCUCUAGCUUCAGACUAGACAGUCGCUUUGACUGCCCCUUUGCAUUGAUUUCCGUAGGUCAGCAAUACAUUGCUGACGAUGAUGCGCUGAAUACCGUCCGUUUGCAA